AUGGAAAUUGGCAUCAUUGGCUCUGGAGUCAUAGGGCUCACAUCAGCUCUUGCUCUCGUCAAAGACGGUUUCAAUGUGACUAUCGUUGCACGCGAUUUGCCGGGAGAUGACGGUUCCCAACAGUGGGCCAGCCCAUGGGCUGGCGCAGGGAUUCUCCCUUACCCGGAGAGCAAAGGGCAUGACUUACAGACCGAGACAUUCAAAUUCUACCGGGCACUGGCUCAUCGUGAUCCAACCAGUGGCGUGCAGGUAGUGGAUGUCACUGAAUACUACGAUGGUCGAAAUGAUGAUUCCACCAUCUGGUACAAACGCAUGGUCCCUAAGUAUCGGCUUCUGCCCUCCAAGAAUCUUCCAGCAAAUGCCAAAAUUGGAUUUAAAUAUCAGUCCAUGACGGUGAACCCAGCAGUCUUCCUCCCUUGGAUUAAAAGGCUGCUCGAUAAGAAAGGAGUUCAUUUCAUCCGAGCGGAGGUGAAGUCACUCGCGGAGGCUCGCUCUAUCCUGAAGACCCCAGUCAUCAUCAACGCAUCCGGCUUGGGAGCCUUUGACCUUGCCGGCGACGACAAGGUGAUUGCGGUUCGUGGCCAAACAAUGCUUGUCGAAAGCGACUCUCACGAAAUGGUCAUGUUCCAGGGCUCUCACUACACGUAUCAGAUUCCGCGUAUGUUCAGUGGAGGGGUGAUACUCGGCGGAGUCAGUCAGCCAGGAAACUCGGACCAAGAUGUAGAUCCUGAUCUGCGACCAGACAUUUUACGACGCAUGAAUGCGAUCUCCAAUGAUCGGUUCCGGUCGGUGGAUUUAAAUAAACAUGUCAUAGCAGACCUAGUUGGUUUUCGGCCAAGCAGGAAGGGCGGGUAUCGACUCGAAGUUGAGGAUGGGAUUAUUCACGCUUAUGGUUUCAACACUCUUGGAUAUACUUACAGCUACGGGGUGGCUUUGAAAGUCUGCGAGCUUGCAAAAUCUUUGUUGGCCGAGAAGAGAGCCCUACGUAGUCAUCUCUAA